AUGACCCGCUUCUCCGCCCCACCACUCGCGCACGACGCCGCCGCCGCCGACGCCGCCGCCGCCGCCGAUGACGACGACGACAAAUCAACCACCUACACAGCCACAACCCCCCCAGAAAGCGUCGCCAGCGGCCUCGACGACGACCCCGACGACGACCGCCACCUUCCUGCGAUCCAACAACCGCCGGCCUUGCCAAGACCCCACCCCGGCCGCACUUUCAUGAUCAGAGACACCUCGUCCGGGCACGUCAUAACCCUGCGCGGCGGCGACGUCAUCCUCUCCCCGCCCGACGGCCGCGCGUCGCAGUGGGAGUGCGUCGAAACCGCCGGCUGGCUGGGAUUCCGGAACGGGGUGUCAGGGGCGGUUCUGGGCCGCGAUUUCGGUUUGAGGAUGUGUUGCGUUGCGGGGUGGCAUCAGGGGUGGGAGCGGUUUCGCUUGAGGGAGAGGGGAGCGGGAAGUGUUUUGCUGAUGGAUCAUUGGUGGUCGCUGAGGCCUGUCGGGGUGAAGGAGGUGGACUGGGUGGACAAGUUGGCGGUUAUUGAGAAUUGGGAGGCUGAUGAGAUGAUUUGGGACUUUAUUGAGGUUUGA